AGCGCCGGAUAUGCUAUCCGAAGCCGGCAGAACAGAACUUGAGGAACAGGAGCUGUGUUCUAGUUGCAGCAUGUCUAGUACCAACGGUGUGAAAUUUCCGGAAGAAGAUUUGGUGGUUCCUAAGAAGCUGCCCAAUCCAUGCCAAGAAUCGGUCGAGAGGAAAAGUGUACACCGAGAAUUGUUAUUUAAUUACAAAAUCGGUAAAAAUGUACUGGGGCAGAAGUCGGAAUUACAAAAAGCUAUGGAGAAGGUAAAAGAUGACCAAAAGAAAAAAGAAAUGGACCAAUUAUGCAUCAACAAACGCAGUUCUUUAGAAAAACGCCUUGAAGCACAAGCUGAUAAACUUCAACAGCAUGAAGAAAAAAGCAAUAUGAAAACUGAAGCAACUGAAUCAGAAUUUCACCAAGUACAUUCCAAAGUGUGUCCCCAGGUGCAACCUGUUGAAUCUAAUUCUUGACAGCAGCAUUGGUCAACCACAAAUUUAUCAGGCAUUUACAAAUUUUUAGAAAUAUAGCCUUAAGAUAUGGAUUAGUGAUGCUUACUAGAUUAAGCUCAAACUUUGAUAAUUGGCUGUCUUUUAUAUGCCUCUUGAGAAGGUGUAAAAGCAUCUUUUGAAUUUGAUGUUCUUUUUCAUUAUUUUGUUGGAGUGUUUAAUAUCUUAUGUUUUCAUGAGCAUUGAUUAUUGGGUACAUUAUAAGUUACUUGACUGUGAUAGAUAUCAGAUACCAAUAAACACGUGUGAACUAGAAGAAUGCACCGUGAAAUAAACUAGGAGUUUACUAUUCAUUAUCUGAAAAUAGUUGCACAAUUAAAAGAUUGAAAAUAAAAUAUUAUAAAAAAAACUUUAAUGGUAUCAUUAAUCUACAUGUAUCUCAGUAAACAGCUGAGCAGAUUUUAUACUUAAAAUGCUAAAUUUACAAUUCAUUCACGUGACAUAAUUGCUAUCAAUAAUUUAUAUUACUUUAGUUUCUUAAUCAAAAAGAAACGACUAACAUGAUAAUGAUUUUAACAAGUUACGGCAUCAAAUACAGAGGCAAAACCUAUUGAAAUAAUUAAGAACUUUAUCACUGUUUUGCAUUCUCCAGCAUUUGAUAUUUACAUCUAUAACAAUUAUCAUUCAUAGAACAAUAUCUUCCUCAGCUUUGAGCCUAUGCCUUUAACCACUUAUCAUCCAUGGAAGUGUGUUUUUUAUUACUGUAACAAUGCUUUGACCACAACAAACCAGGCACAAGAUAUGCGAGACAUCUGGCUUAUAUAUAUACAUAUAGAGACGAUGUCUAACACCCAUAAAUAUACAGGUGGAGAUGAUGUCUAGCAUGUGUAAAUAUUUGGGUGGACAUGAUAAAGGGUUAACAAAAGUAGCUUGCACAUGUUCUUCUUGUUGGUUCAGAUAAUGUAAAACUACUGCAAAAACAUGCAUUUUACAUGCAUAUAAGACAUUUAUGUAGUUUUUACAAAGAAGUGUUGUAAACUUCAAUUGUUUUUGUCUGGAUUUAACAGGAGUCUUGAGGUAUGUUACAAAUCUAUUUGACACCAUUAGGUGAAAAGUAUUAGAAUUUAAAUAUUUCAGUGAAUUAGAAAAAACUGAAUGUAAAAUAAUGUUCACGACGUACUUCAGGUUUACAAAGUUAAGAUAAGCCCAUGUUCAAAAAUAUAAAGCCUUUAAGAGAAAGAUAAACUCUUAUCAGGAGGAAUCCCAGUGGUGAAUGUAUAUAACUUUUGAACAUAAUCAAGCCAAAAAUUCAAAUAAAACUAAACUUAACAUACAUUAUGGGAAGUCAAUUUAAUACCCAGUAUCUUGAAAAUUAAGAUGAAUUAUUAGCUUAACAUGAUUUAAAACAGAACCCUAUGAAUAGUCAUAAAUAAAGAAGUUUCUAGUUAUAAAACAAGUAACAAUUUAUAAAGUGAACUAACUUUAAUAUUUGGCCUUAACUCACGAAUGAAGGCUUUGUUAAUCAUUAGCUAUUGUUAAGACCUGAAAAUAAUUUGAAUGGAUGACUACUUCAUUAUAACCUAGGAUGUACUUUAUUGGCAUCAACAGGUUUUCCUAUAGUAGAACUGAUUUAACCUUGCUUGCAGUAUGGACAGGUAAAUCGAUAAACUGCAUUUGAUGUUUUCAAUGAAGAAAAACAGUCUUUAUAUCUGAAGAAAUACUGUAGACAACAUUCUGGUUUAAAAUGCAUCUCAGUUGUAAGUAUAUAACAGAGUCAAUCAACCAAAUUUGUUAAAACUUCACCAAGAUGUACUGACACUAGACAAAUAAAAUCAUAAAGAUAUCUAAUAAAAUUAAAGAAAGUAUGAUUUGUUUUGAAUUUCGUGCAAAGCUAUACGAGGGCUAUUUGUGUUAGCCAUCCCUAAUUUAGCAGUGAAAGACUAGAGGGAAGGCAGCUAGUUAUCACCACCCACUACCAACUCUUGGGCUAAUCUUUUACCAACGAAUAGUGGGAUUGACUAUCAUACUAUAAGGUCCCCAUGGCUGAAAGUGCAAGCAUGUUUGGUGGGAAAGGAAUUUUGAACCUGCAACCCUCAGAGUGCAAGUCAAGAGCCCUAACCACCAGGCCAUUAAAAGAAAGAUAAUUUGUUAACUCAGAUGCAAUACUCAGAGAUAAAGAUUUGAAGUUGUCUGGAGAUGUUUUUAUGUCCUUCCUAAAGUAUAUUAAGAAGGACAUUUAUUAAGACCUGUAGUUUAAAAUAUUGGAACUUAUAAUCAUGUCUUGGAGGGGUAUUUAGUUGGUUUUUUGAAGAAUUAUGCUUCUAAUGAAAGACAGUUUUAAAUUUUGUAAUGAAAUAUGAAAUGUAAUGUUUGAUAGUAAAGUUUAUUGUUGUAGUUUUGACAUAUAGUCCUUGUAUACUAAAUCUAUUUGGAAGAGAUAAUACUGAUUCAAUGUUUAAUGAUAAUUUCAAUGAGUUAUGCAUUCCAAGAUAUGUAUUUUCAAAGUUAUUGAAGUUUGUAACUAAGAGAUAACAUUUUUUUAUUCAAUGGUAUUCUUUAUGAUCAGAUUAAUGAUGUAGCUAUUGGUUCCAGAUUGACUCCUUCACUAGCUAAUCUUUUUUCUUUGUUUUCAUGAAAAGCAAUGGUUGAAGGAUUGUGCAGUCUUUUUAAACUAUUAUAUUUUUGGAGACACAGGUAUGAUACCUUUACUACUUUCAAAGACCCAGAUUCUGUUUCUAAAUUUUUGGAGUAUUUAAAUAGCAAACAUAAGAAUAUUAAAUUUACUGUUGAACAUCAGCAUAAUCAUGAACUUGCAUUUUUAGACACAUUAUUUCAUAAUUGUGAUAGUAACUUGUGAAGUUUACUAGCAAACAAAAACAAACAAACCAGUUUUAGUUUAAUUUUACAAUUGGUAUACCAACUGUAUUUAAAGGACACUUUGUGAAUAUCUUACUUCAUCAUGUAUAUAGAAUCUCAAGCACUUAAUGAAUUUUGGUACAAAAAGUUUCACAGCAUCAGGAGAGUUUUUUUAUGAAUAUGACUUUGCUAUCUAUUUGAUUGAUCAAAUAAUUUAUGAAUAUUUGAACAACUGGAACUUCAUUAAACUAUCAUAUAUAUAUAUACAUUUCUGUGUAUGUUAAAAACAACUUUGCACCCAACUUUAGUGUAGAUGCACAACAGAAAUACAUUUUUAAUUCAAAAUAUCAUCUGCAGUAUUUCUUCAGAUGUAAAGAUUGCAUAUUUUCAAUUGAAAACAUCACAAGUAGUUUAACAAUUCACCUGUCCUUGUUGUAACUAAAGUUACAUCAGUUCUACUACAAGAAAGCUGCUUACAUAAAUGAAAGAAUGUACAAAUUUAAAAACACUAGUGAGUAUGAUGUAAUCACCUAUUCAAAUGAUUUUAAGAUCUUAACAAGAGCCAAUGAUAAACAAAGGCUCCUUAUAAUGGAGAGCUUAGUCAUUAGAAGCUGAAAAUUAAUUAAGUUAAUUCACCAUAUAAACUGCUGCUUGUUUUAUAACAGAACCUUAUUAGAGGGUUUAGACAAGAUUUGCAUCAAUUAAUCAUUUUUUUAUGUGAACAUUGUAUUAAUUUUUAGAAAUAAAAAUCUUAUGAAGUUGAA